AGUUGUCACCUGUAGGUGUUUGGGACCCCUAAAAUCAUGAUCUUUUAAGAACAAAGGCAUGUCCAAUCUUGUUGGAUCUGUAGUCACUGCUAGAAAUAACCUCAUGUCCUAUGUGAAGAAUUAUGUAUAACGAUGCUUUCGGUUUCGCGGGGUUAUAACUAUUUAUAAAACCAGCUAUUUAUUCGUGCGCCAUUAAAAUGGUUGAACACGCACCGGCAUUAUACCUGAGAUAAUUCAUUGCUGUGUCUUUCAGCAUUCAUUGAUAAUUUAAAAAGAAUUUACUGAUUCUAUAAUGGAACAAAUACAUUUGUGAGAUCAGUGGAUCUAUUUUAUCUUUUUUCAAUCCAUCCACAAGUUUAAUCAUGGCUCUCCUAGGAGCUCAGUUAGUUAUUACUCUUAUAAUGGUCAGUGUUAUUCAAAAAUUAACUCCUCAUUUUUCUCUGGCAAGAUGGAUUCUAUGUUCUACAGGUUUGACACGUUAUUUGUACCCAACUGAUCAACAACUCAGAACACUGGCUGGUGUACCCAAAGAAAAAAUCAAGAAAAGCAAGAAUAUAGAAAAUGGAAAGGUUGGAGAUGUGUUUCAUGUUCCUAGGAAUUUGAAUAUUACACUUGAGAGUGCUAAAAUAACUACAUUAGAUGUGGUACAUUUGAAGUAUUAUACAGAAUAUCAGUGGUUAUUGGACUUUUCUAUUUAUGCUACUGCAGUUUAUAUCAUGACAGAGCUGUACAAUUAUUUAUAUCCAAUUAAAGAUGAAAUUAAUCUAAGUAUGCUUUGGUGCUCAUUGGUUCUGGGUUUUGCAUUCAAAGUAUUACUUUCUCUUUGGGUACAAUACUUUAAAGGAGAAGAGAGCAUAGGUGAACGAUCUACAUGUAUUGUAACUGGAUUUGCUUAUCUUCUUAUAGCUAUGAUAGUUCUGAUUGUUGAUGAGAAUAACCUUGAAAUUGGAUUGGACAAAGCUUAUGCUAGUUUCAACCAUAGUGCAUCUCUUUUUUUAGAUAAUCAAGGUCUUUCUUCUACAGGACCUGCAUCAAAAAUUGUUGUCAAGUUUUUCCUUGCCUUAUGGUGUGGCUUGGUUGGUUCUUUCUUUACUUUUCCAGGGUUAAGAGUGUCAAAAAUGCAUUGGGAUACAUUGAGAUAUUAUAAAGAUCGAAAGUUACUGUUAUUAAUAGCAAAUAUCAGUUAUGCCUCUCCACUUUUGUUAGUGAGUUUAUGGAUUAAACCUAUCAGCAGAGAUUAUCUUACAGUUCGAAUAUUUACUGGUAUGAAUGGGCCACUCAUGACACCUGCAGCUUUUGAGAGUAUGAGGUUAAUUGUAAUAGUUAUUGCAGUUUUAUUGAAACUUGCAUUAAUGCCAAUGUACUUGCAAUCAUACCUUAGUUUAGCUGUACAACGAUUAGAGAAUCAAAAGAAGGAAGCUGGAAGAAUUACAAACGUUGAUUUACAAAAAAAGAUUGCCGCAGUAUUUUACUACUUGUGCGUCGUAGCGUUACAAUAUAUUGUUCCAUUAAUCAUAUGUUUAUUUUUUACUUUCAUGUACAAGACAUUAGGUGGUUAUACAUGGGAAGGUAUUCUAAAGGGGUCAGCACUUGAAGAAUGUCCAGCAGAUGAACCACCUAAAUCUGUACCAAGUGCAAUGAACAACGAUGAUAAUGAAAAAAACGUCGUACAAACAGCGCAAGAUUUCCAACUAGCUUUGAGUUCCUUAAAGCAGAUAUUCACUACAGAUGUGUAUAGAGGUUUGUUAGGUUUAGCAACAUGGUGGAGUUGUUUCGCAUUAUUUGCAACUACCGCUAUGGGGAUGUUUUAUCAAUCAUACUUUACUAGUAUGUAAGAAAAUAUUAUCAAGGGGGACAUUUGAAGUCAUUUCGCACAAAGUUACGUCAUUGGUUUGUCGAUGCUGAAACUAUUGGAUUAAUGCAUAAAUCCCAAAAUCUAUUUAUUUUAAAGAAGUACCUAUAUGAAGGUAUGCACAAUGCCGGCUGUUUCAAGGGAGCGUUGAUAAAACUUUUAUAAUAUAGAUAUCAAUACAAAUGAUACGAUUGCAAUACGAAUAAACUAACUAUUUCAACAAAAAA